AAAUAAAAUAAAAUAAAAUAAAAUUUAGGACGAAAUAAACAAACAACAUCACUUGAUAAAGACCUGCCAAAUAAACAAAACAUGUUCUCGACAUUGCACCAAAAAUGUAAUCCACAUUGACACAUGAUAUUGAUGAAAAAAGACCUACAUAGUUUUGGGACGACAUUUAGGCCACAUGGUCCAGAAACUUUUAACUCUUCAUUCUAUUAGAUGAAAACAUCAAAGAGCAGAAUUUUGUCUUCUAAUCUGUGGGACAAAAAUUUGAAACUGUAACACUUAAGAAUUGAGUUUGCAGCAAUCAAGUCAUGUGGAUUCCUCGACAGACCUCUGCUUCUCAAUUUUCUGCAGGAAAAAUGAAGAAGGUGACCCUAGUGGUGGUUGGUGGAGAGCAGGCUGGUCAGUGUUCAUAAAGAUAACGGAUUCUCUCUUGCAACAUGUUAGCUGCUAACACGAGGUGGUAGAUUUUCUUGGGUUUGUUCUCUGCAUUAGAAGGGGAAAAAGGAAUCUUGAUGGUUUCUCAAGGUUCAACAUGAAGUCAUAGAGUUUGGAAGAACAGAACCAAAACAAAGUUGUUGCUGUAGGAAUUACUUAUAGUUAUCAAAUUGUUUUUCUUGUGUACCAUUAAAACCCUGGUCAAACAAUAACAACUUAUUUUAGGA